AUGCAGGCACACCAACUCACAAACACUACCUUUACUUUCUUUGCUCCUCCUCCUCCUCCUCCUUCUUCUUCUUCUUCUUCUUCUUCUUCCUCGUCUUUUACCUCCGCUUCGCCCGCUUCGCCCACUUCCACCCUCAAACCCAUCUCCCCCAUUGAACAACCAGACACUCAACAACAACAACAACAACCCUCGCAAUCCCUUCCCACCACAGAGAAUGACCCCGACGCCAACCCCCUCUUCUCCCCAACCGAAGGUCCAACACUAACAGCCAUAAUCGACACCGUCCUCGUUCUUGUCUUGAUUACCUUUAUUACCGUGUGUAUUCUACAGUGGUGGCGAGAUCGACGACGCCGAGAACGCUUCGAACGCGGAGAACAACGGGAGGAGGAGGAACGAGACAAGUCUAUCCGCUGGAGGAUUUCUUGA